UCCUCUAUUGGCAUCCGUACCCUCUCACUUCUCUAUACUACAUUACCACAUUCGCCUCCUACCCUUCACCCAUCUUCUUCCUCUUGCCUCUCCAGCUGAGAAGAACACGAGAGAGAGAGAGAGAGAGAGAGAUUUUUAUGUAAGCAGAGGAGAAGAUAGUGGCGAGGGAAGGAGGAGUUGCAAAUCCAAACAGAUUAAUAAGACCACGAAUAAAUAGCGCAAGAUUACUCACCAAUCCUACUGCAUUUGCUUGCACCUAGUAGUGUGGUUCUUGGGCACUUCACAAUGACUCCAAGCUUUGACUGUGCUGCAUCCAUCCUCCUCUGCGAAGAGGACAGCACUGUCAUUCUUGACCUUGAGGAGGAGGAGAACGAGGAGAUUUCGUGGGUACUUGGGCCGUCGUCGCACCAUGCCGACGCUUCUUCAGGGGUCUUGUUGAUUGACUUCCCCCUGCCGUCGGAGGGCUGCAUUGAGGCAUUGCUGGGGAAGGAGGAGGAGCACCUGCCAACGGAGGGCUACGCCCAGCUGCUGCUGCAGCAGCCUGCGGGGCUGGAUUUGGUGGCCAUCAGGAGCAACGCCAUUGAUUGGAUUUGGAAGGUCCGUGAGCAUUACAAGUUCGGUCCUUUGACGGCGGUCUUGUCAGUGAACUACCUGGACCGGUUCCUCUCUUUGCACAAUGUUCUUCAUAAGGCUUGGAUGACACAACUCUUAGCAGUGGCUUGCUUGUCCUUGGCUGCAAAAAUGGAGGAAACAAUUGUCCCAUAUCCCUUAGACUUGCAGGCAAGUGAGGCGAAGUAUGUUUUUGAGGCUAGGACCAUACAAAGGAUGGAGCUUUUGGUGCUCAACACCCUGAGUUGGAGGAUGCAUGCUGUGACUGCUUGCUCAUUUAUGGACUACUAUCUUCACAAGUUCAGUGAUGGUGAUACAGUGUCCAAAAUCGUACUUGCUCGCUCGGUUGACCUUAUCUUGAGCAUAUCUAAAGUUGCUGAAUUCUUGGUUUUCAGACCGUCAGAGAUUGCCGCAAGUGUAGCUCUAGUGGCAUUGGGGAAACAUGAAAGUUCAGUACUUGGGAGUGUGGCAAGUUGUUGCAAACAUUUAAGAAAGGAGAGAGUAUUAGGAUGCUAUGAAGUGAUUCAGGACAAGAUUGUUAUGGGAAACAUUAUUCUCAAGUCAGUUGGUUCUUCAGUUUUCAUCACGCCACACAGCCCCAUAGGUGUGUUGGAUGCAACUGUAUAUGAGAGCCAACUAAGUGAGAGCACAACUGCUGGAGCUCCUACAGUAUAUUCUGAGUGUUCACCAGCAUGCAAAAGGAGGAAAUUUUGCAUAUGAUGGUUCUCGUUGUCAGGUGUUUUGCUUGCCAACUUGUUUGCUUCGAGUGUAUCAAUCUAGUUUGGUCACUCAGAAGAAUUUUGGUGUGGCCAAGGAAUUUUGAGAAUUAAAAGAAGCAAGACAAUAUGGACCAUGUUUGC